AUGGCCUCCCAAACUUCAACCCCACCCUCCAACCCCACAACAACAUCAAAAUUACCCAACAUCCACCUCCUCUGCAUGCAAGCCUCUUCCGCUCAAGCGUUCCAUACCGCAGUAGCAACUCACUUCCCCACCCUUUCCUCUCACACCACAAUCACCCACCACGAGUGCAGUCUCAAAUUCCUCCCCAAACACAUAACCUUCACGGCCAUCGUCUCCCCAGCAAACUCCUACGCCCGUCUAGAUGGCGCCUUCGACGACGCCCUCGCCCGAGCCUACAUGCCCAAUAAAGAAGACUACGGCUGGAUCACCCGCAAAGCCCAAGCAGUCGUCUACCGCGAACACAGAGGUUUCGCUCCCCCGGGAACCUGUACCAUCAUCCGACUCGACCACUCCCAACCGGGCGACGCCCCUUCCAAAAAUCCCUGGAAAUCCUCUUACCUACUCCUCUGCCCAACGAUGAGAGUUCCCCAAAACGUCACCUGGGAUCGAGAGGUCGUCUACGAAUGCAUCUGGUCUUUACUGUGUGCUGUAGAUCGACAUAAUCGUGCCGUGCGGGGAAAUUCAUCAUCAUCAUCAUCAUCAUCGGGGAUAGAGACGGAGAUUACAAGUCUUCUCAUGACUCCUCUGGCUACGGGCGUCGGGGGUGUUUCAGAGAAGCGAUGGGCGGAACAGUGUGUGUUGGCUAUGAAGCAUUGGGUUGAAGCGGUGGAGCAUCCAGAAGUGUGGGCGCAAACGGAAUGGCGGGAUGUCCGGGAGAAGAGAGAUGGGGAGAUUAAAGCUACUUGGAGAGGGGAGGGGAGGUGA